AGUUGUCCGUUUCCCAGGUGUAUAAGAAGCGUCGUUAACUUUAGCUCAUCAUCAGUCAGCCGUUCUACCGUGAGUGAACAACUAUCAGUUUAUUCUAGUGGUGCAUUUGUGUUUAGUUUGUGAUCAAAAUAUCCAGCAUGAUGAAAACACGCUUUGUAGUGUUGGCGUCGCUUGCGACAUUAGCACUGGCAAGACCCGAAGCUGGAUACUCUUACAGCGCACCGUCCUCGUCAGGUGGUUACUCGUCCGGGAGCACCGGCCUGAGCUUUUUGGGCGGUGGUGGUGGCGGUGGUUACUCGAGCGGCGGUGGCGGUGGAUACGCCAGUGGUAGCUCCAGUUACGCCGGCCCGAUCAGCUCCGGUGGAUACUCCAGCGGCGGCGGUUCCGGUGGAUACUCCAGCGGUGGUAGUUCCGGUGGAUACUCCAGCGGCGGCGGUUCCGGUGGAUACUCCAGCGGUGGUGGAUCCGGAUACUCCAGCGGUCCGAUCAGCUCCGGAUACUCCAGUGGUGGUGGAAGCUCAGGCUACUCAGGUGGAUCCUCGGGCUACAACUACGCCCCGGCCGCCCCAGUUGUACAGAAACACAUCUACGUGCACGUUCCACCCCCAGAGCAAGAAUAUGUUGCCCCACAACAAGUCCACCAGGUUGCCCCACCCCAGAAACACUACAAAAUCAUCUUCAUCAAGGCCCCAACCCCACCGACCCCAACCGCCCCGAUCAUACCACAAGUGCAACAAGACUCCGAGAAGACCCUGAUUUACGUUCUGGUCAAGAAACCCGAAGACCAACCACAAAUCUCCAUCCCGACAGUGGCACCGACCGCACCAUCCAAACCAGAAGUAUACUUCAUCAAGUACAAGACCCAAAAGGAAGCCGGCGGUUACGCAGCCAGCUCUGGCGGCUCCAGCUUCAGCGGACCCACAUCGUCGGGUGGCUUCAGCGGUGACUCAAUCGGACACUCCGGUGGCUCAUCCAUAUCCUCCAGCGGACCCGGUUCCAGCUACGCUAGCCCGUCAGCAAGCUACGGAUCCCCAAGUGCUGCCAGCCCAUCGUCCAGCUAUGGAUCCCCGAGCGCCAGCCCAUCAUCCGGUUACGGUGCCCCGAGCUCCAGCGGAUCUUACUAGGGUGUUCGAUUCAAACGUGAUUUUAUACAAUUGUCAUCCUUGCGCACACGCUUCGCGCCGGUGGCCGCGGAAAACCGUUGAUUGUUACUUUUCCACGGUCGGUGAACAUUUCGAGAAGCGUGGCCACCCUCCACACACAAUUAUCCCCCAAAAAUCCCAUCCCCCACCCCUCCUUAAUACUACACCCUUAGACCCCAUCCCGCUCCUCAUCCCUCCAACAAAUGCAAUUGUAACAUAUUUUAUAAUGUCCAUGUAAACUAUUUUAUUUGUGUUUUAUAUUUUGUUUAUUUUUUUUAACGAAAAUCGCGAUUUUUUAUUAUAUUUUUUUAUUAUUUUUUAUUAGUCUCAAGCUCAAUUUUCAAAAUGCGUAUAUAAUACGCUAUCGUAAUUUUACUAGCUGACUUAUAUUAUAGAACACAUAAUAUUGUUGUCAUGAUUUAUAUUAAUACAAAAUAUACAAUUCAAUUUUUUUAUAA